CAUCUGCCUCGCCUUGGUCCAGCUGCUCAUGCCCUGCUCAGCUCAGUUUGCUGUGAUUGGACCCCCUGAGCCCAUCCUGGCCUUGGUGGGUGAAGUUGCUGAGCUGCCCUGUCAUCUGUCUCCGAAGAUGAGUGCUGAGUCCAUGGACCUGAUGUGGGUGCGAUCUGGCUUCAGGCAGGCGGUGUGUGCAUAUGCAGAUGGCAAGGAAGAAACAGAGAUAGCAGAGUAUCGAGGGAGAACAUUGAUUUCAAGAGAGGACAUCGCUGAAGGGAAGGCUGCUCUGCGGAUUCACAACAUCAGAGCCUCUGACAGUGGAACCUACCAGUGUUAUUUCCAAGAUGCCAAUUUCCUUGCAAAAGCCCAGGUGGAGCUGAAGGUAGCAGGGUGGAGGAAUCUGCAGUACCUGGCAAAGGGUGACAGGGCUCAGGCCUAUGCUGAGUGGAAGAUGGCUCUUUACCAACCUGCGGACGUGAUUCUGGAUCCGGACACCGCACACCCCAACCUUCUUAUUUCUGAGGACCAGAGGAGCUUGCAGUACACAUACACAUGGCAAAGCCUGCCAGACAACCCCAGGAGAUUUCAGGAUCAUUACUGUGUGCUGGGCCGUGAGAGCUUCAAAUCAGGGAGACACUUCUGGGAGGUGGAAGUGGGGGGCAGGAAACAGUGGCAAUUCGGGGUGUGUAGGGAGAAUGUGGAGAGAAAACGUUAUCCUUCAAUAACACCCCAGAAUGGAUUCUGGACAAUAGCACUGUUGGGUGGGCAUGACUUCCAUGCUCGAACGGAUCCCCGGAGCCAACUCACAAUUGUCAACCCUCUUAAAAGAGUAGGGGUCUUCCUGGACUAUGAGAAUGGGGAGGUCUCAUUCUAUGAUGCCAUCAAUGGAGUCCACAUCUUCACCUUCCCACAGGCUUCCUUCUCUGGGCCUCUGUGGCCUCUUUUCAGGAUUUUCUCACAGGAGCCCACUGCCUUGACCAUUUGCCCAGCACUAAAAGGAUCGGGGAGCUCCCCUGUGUCUGACCCACUGCCUGGCCCUUCCCUGGAGACCCCAGAACCCUCAGGCUCAACUGAUGGCAAUGGGGACCCUCAAGCAGAACUACAGCUUUUCCUUCCCCCUGCCCAGCCCUGA